GCUUGCCCAGGACAGCAACAGCAGCAGCAGCAGCUGCAAAGCAACAGCAGCAGCGUCGGGCUCCCGGCAGCAGCCUCCAGAAAGCGCAUCCGCGCCCUUUGCUUCCCCCCCUUUCCUCUCCUGCCUCCCCCCCCCCCGCAACAGCCCCCCCCCCGGCACUGAUCCCUGGCCUCUUUGCGCUGCGCUUCUCUGCCUUUGCACGCCUCCUCGGCGCUCGCCGCCCUGAACUUUGGAGACAGCUGUGGGGAGGCGGAGGCGAGCAGGGUCGGGCAUGGCUCAGGUGUGAUGGACGGCGGGCAUUAGCCAGGCACCUGGCCGGAAGGCGAACUGCAGCUGCCAGCGAGCCCAGCCCCACAGCCAGACUCAGCAGGCAGCAUCCCACCCACCUUGUCCUCUUGGGCAAGGGUCAUGUGGGCGUGAUUGCCAGCCCACACCCCCAGAGGGUGGCUCUGCUCGCAUUGAUGUCCCACCCGCUGGAAGCAGGCGAGCCUCGCACCUGAGAUCCAGAAGACGGGACCACAAGGCGCUCCGAAGCCCAUUCCAGUUGCUCAAGGGUGUUGAUGGAGAAGAGGUCGAAUGACAGCCGGAACUGUGGUCAUCACAGGCGGGAUAUUAGCAACUGUCAUCUUACUGUGUAUUAUCGCGGUACUCUGCUACUGUAGGCUUCAGUAUUACUGCUGCAAGAAGGAUGAAUCAGAAGAGGACGGGGAUGAGCCGGACUUUGCCAUGGAUUCCCACAUCCCUCCGCUCCACUGCAACCGCAACGUGGCGCUGACCAACGGCCCCUCCCUCUACCACUCUUCCCCCUACAAGAAGCACUCCCAGUGCCGGACGGUCUGCCCCAGCUGCUCACACUAUGAGCCCCCCACCUUCUUCCUGCAGGAGCCGGAAGAGGAGGUCCGGAAUGGAGGCGACCGCGUCAACUACAAGGCCAUCAGCCAGGAAGACCUGGAGCUGCCCGUCAACCUGAGCAGCAUGCAGGCCCUCAACCCCAACCGCCUCUCAGCCAUGCGGGAAGCCUUCUCCCGCAGCCGUAGCAUCAGCACCGACGUCUGACUCCGUGGCCAACCUGGUGGAAAGAUGCGUCCUGCGGAAGUGGGCCCCCCUUUUCUACACCCAUGCGGCUUUUCAAAAUGGCGUCGCUCUUUUUCACCGGGAGGGGGGCUCUUUUCAAUGGAUGAAUGUAUUUAUAUGUUACGAUGUAUAACUAUCUAUAUAGUAGAUAUUAUAUAUUAAUAAAGCACUGUACAGAGGGAUAAAGGAAGGUAUGCAAAUCGACGGAUGGAUGCAUGGGUUUUCUAAAGUUAGAGUUCAAAAUUAAUUUCUUUUUCUUUUUAUAUAGAGGAGAUUUUGAUAUGGGGGGCACCCUUUUGUAUGCAUAAGAAAGUGUUCCUUUUCUUGCCACUGCAAUACUGAGGGUGGCUCAGACAUGGCUGCUUUGAAAGGUGGCAGGUAUGCCUCUAGCGCACUCCAACCCCCCCUAGUAUCUUCACCCUCCCUCUCUCAUCCCCUGCUUAGCUGGAAGAAGGCAUGUGACCGUUUUCUGCCCAUCCUUGGAGUAUCUCUGAGUAUCUCUUCCAAUGUGAGCUAGAGCAGACUGCCACCUUGCCUUGUGUCCAUAAGAUCUGGUCUUGCACCCACAUUUUCUCAUUGCACUGGAAUCCAUCCUGAGGGAUGGUGGGAUUGGGCAUUGCUGGAAGUUGGAAAAUAUAGAACUGAAGGAUUUUACCAUUGGAAGGCACCUUGGAGGUCAUUUGCUCCACCUCCUGCUCAGGGCAGGACUCUGCUCCAGCAUCUCUGACAGAUAGCCAUCCAGACUCUGCUUGAAAACUUCUAAAGAAGCAAAGCCCACCACAUCAUGAGGCAGACUGUUCCACUGCUGAACAGCUCUUAACAGUCAGGAAGUUCCUCUUAAUGUCCUGCCUCAAACUGCUUCCUUGACUCCUGUAGGUGCUUUUGGAUUAGGUCUCACAGCCCCACCCUUCCUCCACACCCAUUUAGCACCAUCCACCCCUCUUUGGGGCAUGUCCCCAUCUUCAAGAACCAGACUGUUUGAUCAUUUGCUCCUUGUAUGACACCAUUGCCAGGCGUGGUGCUUUGCGGAGUAACAGAAGCUACCAAAAAAGGGAGGUUUUGAACGCAUAGCUGGUUCAAAAUCUCAUCGCCAAAUGUUUUAUAACUGCUUCCCUUGUAAACACGAAGAAUGCUGAUUUAACUAAGGCUUUAUUCAAAAGCAACUCCAUUCUCUCUCCUUCCCCUUUCCCUCCUUUUGCUUUCCGACUCCACCCCCCACACUCUCGACAGGAUCCCCACUGGGACAAACGUCCAAACAACAAAACACAAAAGAUUACUUGAUAGAAUCAAUACAGUUUCCCCCAUUGCAGUGAAGCAUGGACAACUAGCCCAGAACAAUCAAAUUUCCCUCCAUUUUUUUUAAGAAACAAGAGCUCAACUCCGCAGAUGAAUUCCUGCCCAAAAAGAGGGUUGGGAGAAGGGGAAUGGCUGAUUCACAAUAUGAUAAGGACGAGGCAGACGGGCCACUUCCUAACUUAAGUGUGACAGAGUCAGAGUCUGCUUCUCCGCAUUGCCAAGUAAAAGUUAAUGGCCACGAAGUGCAGAAGAUGACUGAUCCUGGUUCUCCGUACACGAUCCUUUCCCAUCUACUUUACCCAAAACUCUUUACUACAUCAGAUCUGCACCUGCAGACUUCAGACAUCUACCCCUGAAGAGAUGGAGUUUCCCUUAUUGCCAUAAAUGGAUACUUCACCGCUGUCCUGGAAUACAAAGGACAUACUGCAGAAGGGGAAGGGUACGUGUCACAAAAAGGAGUCUCAGUACUGGGCUGGAAACAUCAGAAAGAUCUAUGGAUAAUGUUAAAUCCAAACAGCAUGAAAUCCGUAUUACAGAUGAUGGAGCUGUGCACCAACCACUUAAAGAGGGACUUUUAAGACUAUAGCAUGCUGACAUCAUAGAGCCUGUGGAUUCAUUGGAAUGGGCCUCUCUCCUUGUUCUUGUAUGGAAAUCAAACAGUACAGUUCGAAUGUGUGUAGAUUUAAGAGAUAUGAACUCCAACAUGGUAGUGGAUUGUAAUCCAUUACCCAGUAUCAAUGAAAUGCUGCUUACUCUGAAAGAGGCCUCAGUGUUCACAACUUUGGACUUGUCUUUGGCUUUUUAUCAAAUUCCUCUGCUCAAAAGUUCUCACAGAUAUACACAACUGGGAUUCAUCCUGCAAGGCUCGUUUUCAGACUAGUGGAAAUGUGAGAGAGGAGAAGCCCUGCUCUCACUUCUUUUGACACCAAAAGGUAACCACUCUUGUAACCAUGGAUGUUUCUGAAUAUGGUUUGGGUGCCGUCUUGACCCAGCAAAAAGGGGACAGGGAAGAUACCGUUGCGUUUGCUUCCAGAGUGUUUACUGCAUAAGAGGAGAUUGUAAACUGCCCAGAGAUGAAAGUUUGGGGCGGUAUACAAAUUUUAUAAAUAAACAAAUAAGAUGUAUUCUUUGAAAAAGAAGCUCUAGCAUGUUUCUGGGCGGUGAGGCACUUCAGGACUUACCUGUGGGGCAGAAAAUUCACUUUACGGUCAGCCCCAUAAGCCUCUAGCUGCUUUAUUGACUACUUGGGGAUCAAGUCGAGCAACCCCAAGAAUAGCCAGAUGGAUCCCCAGACUUAUGGACUUUGAUUUCCGGGUGGAAUAUCUUCCAGGUCUCUGGAAUACAACUGCAGAUCGUUUAUCCCACUUUCAGGCUAUGAGGCGAUCCCAGAAGAAAAGAGUGAAAGAGUAGUAAUUGCACAAAUCCACUCAUGGAGUGAUCACGUCUUCUGAAUCGACAUGGCCCUCAGUGCUGAUCAAGUGCUUACUGAACUUAAACCUUACAUAACUAAUGGAUGGCCAUGCAAAAACAAGGUACCAGAACAUCUUCAACCAUACAUGCAUGUAGCAAGGCAGCUGUCCCUUCUCAAGGAGCUGGUGGUGAGGUCUCGUCAUUUGGGGAUGCCAACCUCCUUACAAGCAAAACUGAUCACAAUUGCCCAUGAAGGUCACCUGGGCAUGAGCUUGACUAAAAGGGAGUCAGAGAACAUUUUUAGUGGCCAAGUAUGGACAAACACACUGGAAAUGUAAUCAGGCACUGUAUGGCUUGUGCUGUAUGUGACAAAUCGCAGAAGACUUUUACCACCCCCUUGACUCCAAUACAAUAACUUGCUCUGGAUAUAAUGAGGCCUUUUGAUAACCAACCCACAAAACAAAGAUUUGUUAUUGUGAUGGUGGAAUACUAUUCUAGGUGGCCAGAAGUUUCAUUUGCUGACAACAUUACUACAAAAAAGGUGAUCCAGUUCAUGGCGGCAGUUUUUGCAAGAGGAGGUCUUCCUAAAGAACUGGUGACUGACAAAGGGACACAGCUUGCCUCCUGUGAAAUGGAGCAAUACUUGCAGAACCAGGGGAUAAAACACAACGCUAUUUCCUUGUACCAUCCUUGAGGGAAUGGCUUAGUGGGAAUAAUAAACAGAUUAGUGAAGGGAAGUUUACAACUGGCUACUACACAAAAAGAACCCUGGAAAGAGGAAAUCUGUGGGAAAUUAUUUGCUUAUCAAACUACAGGAAAAUCACCAUUUUAACUGCUGAGAGGAUGCAAAGCUACCACCCAUCUUACCCAAUGGCAGCAACUGAUAGGGCUUUCCAUGUCAUCUCACCCUGUGGAUGCAGAGAUUUGUGACUGAGUAAGAGAGAAGCAACAAAAAUAUAAAUUGUUUGUGGAUCAGAAAUGGGGUGCAAAACAGCGAACAUUUCAGGUGGGGGACAUUUUAAAAGUAUGGCUGCCUUAUAAAACAAAUAAUCAGAAUACAAGGAUAUUCUGUCAUAUUGGAUGAUGGAAAGAAAUGGAGCAGUUCGAAACUUUCCAGCAUGUAUACUAUGAGACAAGAGGGAAGGUCGUCUGACCUCAAGAGAGGAACUGGAGAGGAAUUUGAUCUUGCCUCCAGUUUUGACCUCACAGAUGAGGCUGAUGAAAAUGAUGGACAGUCCUGUGUAUCAGAAGAAAAAUCACAUACAGUUCCUGAGCCAGAGAACCCAAGAAAUAGGAGAGGUGUGUGACAGGAGACCACCUAAAAUACUUCAAAGUUUUGUCACUAAAUUUUCAAUUAAUUCCAUUUUGGUUGUUAUAAAGGGGAGGAAUGUGUAGUAUUCUAUCUAGUAAUCUUUUGUGUUUGUUGUUUGGAUGUUUGUCCAAGUGGGGAGUUUGUCAAGAGUGUGGAGGAUGGUGUCAGAAAGGAAAAGGAGGGAAAGAAGAAAAAUUGAGUUGCUUAUGAAUAAAGUCUUAGUAAAACCUGCAUAACAUUUCUUUGUGUUUACAAGGGAAGCAGUUAUAAAAGAAAGGCUGGAUCUUAUUCACAGCCCAUGGACAAGGGGGACUUGUAUAUCCAGAAGCAGGCUUCAGUGGACCCUUGCUGGAUUGGGAUCUAUGUAUGCAGUAACGUCAACAUUGGAGAUCAAUUUGGAAAGUGGGUCAGAUUCAAUGGUUGAGGACAACGGGGCCAUCGUGGCUGGCUUGUUAAUGUGCCUCUUGAAUAGCUAGUGAUGCGAGUAAGAACAUUUUUCUGGACAUCACACAUGGGUCAAACUGGGGUUAAACCAGCAUUUAUUUCAAAGGGGCUCGUGCAAAUUGUCUGGAGGCUAUAUUCUAUAUAUGUGUCCCAGAACAUCCAAUGCUCACACCCUUCAGCAGCCAUUCUCACCUUGGGAAUCUCUCCCUCAGUGUGACCACAGGACCAAUUUUUUGCCUUCCACUUGAAGACGUGAACAGCCAUCUUAUACUCUCUCGGGCUGCACAACGAGAGCAGAAGACCUCCCCGAGAGGUCUUCUCCUUCCUGAGUACAACAGAGAAUUCAUUUCUACCAAUGGGCAACCUUGUGGACCCAACGCUCAGCCCAAUUUCCACUUCUGCCGCAAACCACACUGCAGAUGCUGCUACACUUUUAAAUGCUGCAGGGCAGAGACUGCAGGGCAUGGUUCUUUAAGAAAGAUGCACACACCGAGGGAAAAAGUGUUCUCUAAGACUCAAAAUACUUCCGGCAGCCUUGGCUAGGAUUUCUGACCUUGAGCAUUUUUAAGCAAGUGGGGUAUUGUUUUCAGGGACAAGUGGGUUCUUUUACAGCUCAGUAUCUUAAACAGUGCUGGGAUUUCGGGGGGUGGGGUGGGGAGGGUUAUUUUUUUUUCUCUGUCUCUGAGUUUGUAAUGAGUUUCAAUAUCCUACCUGAGCUGCGUCCUAUAGAAAGUGUGCCUGUCGCUGUCUUUUGCUGGAGAAUGGUGUUCCGUCUUUUAAGUGAUCUGGCGUAACAGCAGCUGCUUCUGCGGAAUUCUGGGUACAUUUUGUACGAUUCUUCUUAACUCUUGCAUUUGUUUUGACGCCAUUUUUAAAUAACCCCCUCCCCAAAAAAAAUCUGUUGGGAUCUGUUGCGUUAACCUGUGGCAGUGAUUGCUCUUCCUGUUUUUUCUUCGCUCAUCUUUGAAAUUGAUUGAACCGUUUCAUGAGGCUUUUGUUGGCCCUCACGGAGGGUAAACUUGUACAGGACCUUCCGGGUUCACUGAGAACAAAAAUUAAAAAUAAAUAAAUAAACUUAUCUUUGACUUUGC